AUGAGUCAGUUUACUGGAAGGGGUCACCAACUUGAUCGAGAUUCUUCCUUACCUUUUUCUGGUUUUAGAUUUCUAGUUCGGUUUUUAUAUUUUUCGGUUGUAUUUCAAGCUUCAGUUUGUUAUAUAUUUUUUUCUUUAGGGGUUCUUUUCUCCUUAAACUCAUUUCACAAUCACAUGAUUGGUUUGUAUGCAUUUGUUUUUGGAAUUUUAACAUUCUUGUACAACAUUCCCUUUAAACCUGUAAAGGAUAAAGUUCUCUUGUUCUUUCCAAAGCUAGGUACUUUUAUAUUACUAAUUCCAGCUAAUUUUUAUUUAUACAUGUUAAUUAUAGUUAUUUUAAUAAUUCCCUUUAACCUUCUUUUAGAGGAAGACAUUGUGAAGCAUACCCUUUAUUUUUUAAUUGGAAUACCAGGCGUAGGAAAUUCUGACAGCUUUCAAUACCAGCUUGGCUCAAUUCUUUUCUCAUUACUUGGUUUUAUUGGGACUCUUGUUUCUUUUCGACAUAAAGAUAUUAUUAGCUCCUUUUUGGAACCUAUUAGUCUACCACAACAAGAACCUUAG